AUGGCGUUCUUCAUGAAGCAGAUGUUGGGGGACAAGCUGAAGAACAUGACGGGCGGCGGGGGUGAGGAGGAGGCCAAGACGGACGCGGACGGGAAGGAGACGCCGCAGUCCAAGGGCAUGUCCCGUGAGGAGUUCGAGGAGUACCAGAGGCAGCUGGUGGAGGAGAAGAUUCAGCGGGAUAAGGAGUUCGCCAUGCGGAAGGCGGAGAGGGCGAACCUGAGGGUGGCGUUGAGGGAUAAGCACCGCCUACCGGAGAGUGCCCAGGAUGACGCUACGAUCCAGAUGGUUGGAGGGGACGUGGACCUGCCGGAGGAGCUGGCUAAGAUGGUGGAGGAGGAUGAGGAGGAGGAAGAGGCCAACAGCACGUUUCUGGGGAAGCUGCAGAACAUGGAUCUGGACGUGGACUUCGACAGCAUGAAGAGCAAAGCGCAGACCACCAUGAACGAGGUCAAGCAGGCCGCCGAGGAGAAGUGCACGGUCAUGUGACGCCCCCCGUUUCCACGGUUACCUCUCCAAGUGACAGUCUAAGGAAGCGUGACGUGCACUCACACCCUGCUGACACCAGGGGGCGCUUGACUCUUUCUGACAGCCCCGUGAACACGCCUUCUCUUUCCUUAGCUGGGGGGGUGUCUGUACAUAUGCUUUCAGUGACUGUUUAAGCACAUCUGUGAACUGCAUUGUGUACUACCAGGUCAGUGUAUCAGUAACUGUAGAGAAAUCAAUUGGAUUGCAAUAAUUAUAUCAGUCUGAACAUUUCCAUCUAUUUGAGGAUUAAAUGGGUGGAGUUUGGU